GAAGUAACGACCAAAACCAAAACAAAUGCUCUCCGUUAUCUUUUAGCCACACUUCUUAAUCGUUUUGUUCUGAAAUAAAUAAUAAUACCAUGUCUUUUAAGCGGGAAGGUGAUGACAGGAGCCAGCUAAAUGUUCUAAAGAAACGACGUGUUGCAGACUUAUUGUCCAACUAUAUUCCGGAAGAUGAAGCGACUAUAAUGAGUAAUGGAAGAUACACGUGUCUAGUGUGUUCCUAUGGGCCAGUGUUUGAUACUGUUGACAUGCUGACAGUGCACCGGAAUGGGAAAAGACAUUUGGAGGGUCUCAAGAGAUUUUACAGGAAGAAAGCACAACUGAGAAAUGAGAUUGUCAAAAGAAAACAUGAGAGCUACAUCCAGUCUGAAGAAAAUUCACAGGAAGCAUCCAGUUCCGCACCUUUACUGGCUCAGACAAGAAAGCUCACUCAUCACGCCUUACUGAGGACUGUCCCUUACAACAGCUGCCAUAGAAAAACAAGCACAAAAUCAGAAAAACAACCUGCAAGUAGCACAUCAGAUUUCAGUCACAGCUCCAGAAUAAGUGAAGUUAAACUUCCAACAAUGAGUACUAUCACAACAAAAACUGAUACGACGGGCUGCACUAAAGAAUUACACCUGGAAGAGUCUCCUCCUAUGUCAGAGCAGAGGAAAAAAGAAUUGGAGCACUACCUCAAGUUGAAAAGUGCCGGCUGGAUCCAGGACAGGAGCGGACAGUGGCUCAAAGAUGACAAUGUGGAGUUUGAUUCAGAUGAAGAGGAGCCUCCAUCUUUGCCCACAUAGGGUUAUUGACCUUAAGACCUCAGACUGUGUUUAUGUUUUUACAAGGACUACUAGAUAUGUUAUUUACAACCAAUGCUGCUUUUUUUUUUAU